CAAAAUAUCUGGCAUAGGAAUACAUAAUGUCGUGCCCGCAGACUGCCGUUCGAAACCUUCUUUUGGGUGUUGAAGACUGUCUGAGACAAAGCAUGCAUCUUGACUUUCCCGACAUUGGACGCUUUAAACCUCCGUGCUGCCCCAUCUAUCGGAAUGGUCCCUCUAAAACUUCGUCACAGCAAUGGCGUAGCAGCCGCGGAUCACUCGUCGCCUGUCCUCUCGGGCGCUCCACAGGGGCCCAGGCUCCUCGGGCCAGGCGGUGUGGGCACUGGGCGCACCCGUCGGGCCCCUGGCCCAGCUCGCCCAAGGUCCCGCAGUCGGGAGUUCCAGCGUCGCCCAAAGGCCAUGUUCACCCGAGUUAAUAUCUUUAGGAAGCGCAUAAAAGGGGAUGGCAAUGAAAGUCGUAAUGAGCACUGGCCGGGUUUACAGCAGAGCAGGAAAGGAGAGUUCGCCGGGCCUCGGAUCCGACGAGGGUAUACGAGUUUCAGUCCAGAUAAAUAAUUCCCAGUUGCCAUUCGGUCGGCCAGAGUCAGUUAGGCACGUCGACUCGUCAGUCAUUUGAUCUUCGUUGCCGGACCGGACCCAUCCAUCCAUCGUCGCCUGCCAGGUUUGACCCUCAAUUCAAGUACAAGUACACAGUAACCAUUUCUCAACACAUCAGAACCCUCUUUCCCUUCCGCUCUGUCAAGUGGCCUUGUCAAAUAUUGCCCAUCAUGAGCCUGCUCACGUUAGCUUCUCGUAACUCUUCGUACACGUCGGUGAGGACCCUUGGGCAUCACGAUGAUCUUACUCUCUGUGUCCUCGGCUGUGGAAACAUGGGAAUUGCCAUCCUGUCAGGCGUCCUCAACUCCCUCGUAGAGCUGGAGGCCCCCAAGCCCCUCCAGACGCCCUCGGGCCACUCAACACCAUCAGAGCCGCUGCCCCAGCGCCUCCCGAGCCGCUUCAUCGCCUGCGUCAGCCGCCCAGAGACGGCAAAGAAGGUCAAGGCCGCGCUCUGGGAGCACACGGCCGCCGUCAAGGUGGUCUGGGGCCACAACGUGGCCAGCGCGCAGCAGUCCGAGGUGGUGCUGCUGGCCUGCAAGCCCUCCAAGGUCAAGGGCAUCCUGACGGAGCCCGGCAUGGCCAAGGCCCUGCACGGCAAGCUCCUCAUCAGCAUCUGCGCGGGGGUCACGGUCGAGCAGAUCGAGAAGCACCUGCACGGCGCCGUGCCCGACCGCGACCCGGACGAGGACGGCCGCUGCCGCAUCGUCCGCGCCCUGCCCAACGCCGCCAGCCAGAUCCGCGAGUCCAUGACCGUCGUCGCCAACGACGAGGACGCCCCCAUCCCGCCCGCCACCAUGCAGCUCGUCACCUGGAUCUUCCGCCGCAUCGGCGAGGUCGUCUACCUCCCGUCCGCCAACAUGGACGCCUCCACCGCCCUGUGCGGCUCCGGCCCCGCCUUCUUCGCGCUGAUGCUCGAGGCGGCUAUCGAUGGCGCCGUGGCAAUGGGCCUGCCGCGGGCGGAGGCCCAGCGCAUGGCUGCCCAGUCGAUGAAGGGCGCCGCCGGGCUGGUGCUCAACGGGGAGCACCCUGCCCUGCUGCGAGACAAGGUCGGCACGCCCGGUGGGUGUUCUAUCGGCGGGCUUCUGGUGCUGGAAGAAGGUGGUGUCCGGGGCACGGUGUCGAGGGCCGUGAGGGAGGCUGCCACUGUUGCGAGUAGGCUGGGCAACGGGGCGCAGGGCGUCAAUGGCACCAGGUUGAAUGGGUACGAGCAUUGAGCAUUUGAGCGUGGGCGUUGUCGGUCAAAAUUCACAUCGUAUAAAGUCACUGCUGUCGAACAAUAGAAUGACCCGUGCGCGGUUUAUAGAGUAUAAAACGGGCAGGGCGUAUUGAAAUCAUGA